AUGCUGGAGUAUCUAAAUAUGCCUAUAAAUUUACGCCUACAUUUUUCGUACCGUUGCAUACUUACGCUGACACUUUUUGCAAAUAUAUGCCCAUCUGCAAGAAUACGCACACGGAAGUGGGCGAAUGUGUGCUUGCCAAAUGAGCGAUUGUGUGUUUGCCAAAUGAGCGACUGUGUGAUUCCUGAAAUGGCUUCCUCUUCACGUACCACCUGUGUACUUCCUAAAAUGCUAAUUGCACUGCCAUUUUUCCCACCUUGAAGGCCCGUGUAACAGCCACGCUACCCCACACACAUUACUAACUGGUAAACCCACCCCCCAAAAUGACGAGAAAAUACUUCGUAUCAGCCAACUGGAAAUGCAAUGGAACCCAGGAGAGCGUAAAGGCCCUGGCGGCGAGCUUUAAUGAGUUGGACUUCGACCCCGCCAAGCUGGACGUGGUCGUUUUCCCCGUGAGCGUGCACUACGAACUCGCGAAGAGCCUGCUGAAGCCAAAGUUCCACACGGGCAUACAAAAUGUGUCCAAGUUCGGCAGUGGGUCCUACACAGGAGAAAUCAGCGCGGAAAUUGCAAAAGACCUGAACAUAGAAUAUGUAAUCAUCGGACAUUUUGAAAGAAGAAAAUACUUCAACGAAACGGAUGAAGAUGUAAAGGAUAAAUUGCAACAGUGUCUAAAAAAUAACCUAAAAGUUGUUGUUUGUUUUGGUGAGUCCCUAGAACAGAGGGAAAAAAAUCAAACCAUCGAUGUGAUAACAAAGCAAGUUAACAGUUUUGUUCAUUUAAUUGAUAACUUUGAUAAUGUCGUUUUGGCAUAUGAACCCAUUUGGGCCAUUGGGACGGGAAAAACUGCCACGCCUGAACAAGCACAAGAGGUUCAUAAAGAAAUCAGAAAUAUUGUGAAAGAAAAAUGUGGAGAAAAAAAUGCUAACCAGAUUAGAAUUCUCUAUGGGGGUAGUGUUAACACCGACAAUUGUGCUUCCCUCAUUAAGCAGGAAGAUAUUGAUGGGUUCCUCGUUGGCAAUGCUUCUUUGAAAUCAUCCUUUGUUGAAAUUAUUAAGAGUGCUAUGUAAUAUAAAAAAAAAAAAAAAAGAGAGAGAGAGUGACCCUUUGUAGGGAAGUCAUCAACGUGAUUACCUCCGCAUCUGCAUCGGCACAGAGGGAAAUGCGAACCCUGACCGCACUUCCGACGCCGUACAUCCUGUAUAUUACUUUUCAUAAGAGCCAUGUAUGGGACACCUCCGUCUAAGCAAUCGCACCGCCCAGCAGCCGUCACCACGUCUAUACAUGUACAUAUACACACAUAUAGAUAUGCUUCUUUUUUUUUUUUACGUGUGCUCGUUCCGCUCGUGAUUUACGAAGCUGUGCAUAGAUCAGAUCCAUUCGCACAUUGCAUCUUCACAUAAUGCCAUUUCGUUUAU